AUGGAGCUGGUCGCUGGAUCUCCUGAGAUUGAAUCUAUAAUUUGGAAAAUGGCACAUCAAUGUCAGUUUAAUCUCAAGGACUUAAAAAACGAGCUACAGUAUACAGACGUUUCAGCUAUAAAGUUAAUUUGUUUUGAAACUGCCGCAUCCAAUUAUACUCCUAAGUACAUCACAAACGUAACAGUUUUUACAAACCAGUUACGUUGUUCAUGGUCAUACUGCGUCCGGGCAUUGGAGAGAAAAUACGUUCUCAGAGCUAAGUUCAGAUUUGAUUGA